GCCAGUUGGCAGCACCGCUCGCCCAGUAUUACGAAGUUUCACUUUUUAUAUUUGUUUUGUCACAUUUUGAAGCUAGUCAAUCCCCAAAAAUGUUGGCAUCGCGCUUGAAUCUCCUAACUGCACGCUUUCAGCUGCUGCGCAGGUGCUGCACCACUCCAGGUCGCCAACAGAAGGAGGCGCCCGUUGAAGUGCACGAUCCUUUGCAGGCAAGCGCCUUAAAGGAGCAAUGUAUUGUUGUGGACGAAAAUGACAGAGCCAUAGGCGCAGCAUCCAAGGCAGACUGCCAUAGGGUGCAUCCACAGACGAGGGACGUCAAGCUGCAUCGCGCGUUUAGCGUAUUUCUCUUCAAUGCCAAAGGCGAAAUGCUGGUACAAAGACGUUCUGUUCACAAGAUCACCUUUCCCAAUACAUAUACCAACGCGUGCUGCAGCCACCCGCUUUAUGAGAUAGAACAGGAGCGACAGGAGUCGAACGCCCUAGGAAUCCGACUGGCUGCCCAGCGGCGCCUGAACUACGAGCUAGGCAUACCAACAGAUGAAAUCCGGCCGGAGGACUUUCACUAUCUCACGCGCAUCCACUACGCCGAUCCGGGAAAUAAUGUUUGGGGCGAGCAUGAAAUCGACUACAUUCUAUUCCUGCAAAAGGAUGUAACGCUGUGUCCCAACAGCAACGAGGUCAGCGAAGUGCGCUUCUUGAGACGCGACGAGAUUGACGAUGCCGUCUCGAAUUUCAGCGCCCCAUUGACCCCCUGGUUUUCCCUAAUAUUGCGUCACCGCCUCAAACAAUGGUGGGACAAUUUGAAUGGGUUGAAACAGUUCGAGGAUUUGAAAAACAUACAACGCUUUUAAAUAUGCACACACACACACGUCGACCCAACGAUGCGCUGUGUGCUGUGCUGACGAACCAAAUAUACUAUUAUGACCAAUGAUCGUUUGUUUGAUUUUCAA